AUGAAUAUUAUGUCCACCAACCAGUGUGGUUGGCCAUUGAAAAUUCAGGAUCAUCUUGACAAAGGAAGUGGUAUUAAUAAGGCUCCAUUUUCAGGAUAUCAUUCUCCUUCCAAAGGAUUGGACUUCCCUAAUGUUGCUCAUAAAUGUCGCCGUAGUUCCAGAAAUCCUAGGCCGGUUUUUUCCAGUACAGUGAGUGACAAUAUGGAUCCAUAUGAUUCAGAUGAGAGUGAGAAGAACAAAUCUCAGAGUAAUGAUGAAGUUAGAGGGGUGAAUAGCGAAAUUCUCAGAGAAAGUCUCGAGAAAAUAGUUGGUACAGAUGAUUCGAGGUUUAGUGGAUUUGAUCUUGCUACUCUUAUCAGGAAAAAAUAUGGGAAAUCUUAUGAUGUUCAGUUGAUUAAGAAGGAAUUCAUGGGAAGAAAUCUCCUUGCUAUGAAUGUCAUGUGGAAGUACAUGGAGCAGAGAUCUUUUCCAUUGACUGAAGAAGAGUAUAUUUUGAGGCUUGAUGAUGUUGCAAACUCAUUAAAAUGCUGGGGAGCCGUCUCACAUAUUAGGAGCAGCCUAGCAAAGUCGAAGGAACGGCCUCGGAUAGGGAAGGCUGUAAGCAUCUUUAUUGAUAUGGACGAGUCUGGUGCAAGAGCAAACGAAUGGAUCUACAAAUAG